CUCCACCGCCUUACACGUAAUGCAAUUGUGGCUUCCUUUUAGCCAUGAAAACUUCACAAGAUUUCAUCAACUAAAAUGAGGUGGUGAUGCACCUACUUCAUCAUUUUUUCUUAAUCUUGAAGCAAUUGAGUUUAAUAAACUCAACAGGGUCAAGGAUCGGAUGGGCGAUAGUAAAGGACUCGCACGUGGAAAAACAGAUGGUGAAGUUCUUGGAGAUCAGCACCAUUGGGGUGUCCAAGGAGGCUCAGUUCAGAGCUAUCAGCAUCUUGGAGACUAUCUCCACCAACAGCUGCUCCACUAAUUUCUUCGAGUUCGGGCAGUUUGUGAUGGCUGGGCGAUGGAAGAAGUUGCGAGAAGCUCUCGAGGGAACUGAUGUGUUGCAAGUCCCCGAUUUCCCUCCUCGACACUGCAACUUCAAAAGAAACUAUAACGAAUGCAAUCCUGCUUACGCCUGUAUGAAGGCCCAAGAGGGCAUAAACCUUGAAGAGGUGAUGAAAGAAGAGAGUAUUCGAGUGCGAGGAGGCAGGACUUUCGGGUGCCCUAGCAACCAUGCUAGGCUUAGUAUCCUUGGCAGGGAUAACAACUUUGACCAAUUUCUGAAUAGGCUUCCCUCAAUUUUUAAACGUCUAGCUAAUUCAAAGUUUUGAUCAUCUGUUUCCACCAUGUGGUGCAGUGAUUUUCAAUAUUCAAUCAUCAUGGUUUUUGUAAUCCCAAAAUUUGGAAGGUUAUUGUUCCGGUUGGUGUUUUGUGUAAUUGAUGUUCUAUAACA